UGUAGUUCAAGUUUGACACCCUGCUUUUCAGUAAGAAACCGUCCGGCAGUGCAGUCAGAUUUUUUUGUUUGGUUUGACGUAGAUAACGUUACAGUAUGAUGUCUCCUUUUUGAGGUGAUCUCAUUCUCACCAUUUGGCUAUUUUCUUUAUCAACAUCUGCUUUCCACAGUUUUGCAUGACAGGGUAAUCUGCUGUGCUUCAUUCAAACUAACAGGAUCGUAAAAGUCGUUGGAAUUAUAGCAACGCUGUAUAGAAAUCUUUGGAGUCUCUCGCUGGGAGAUCAAGUAAAAUGAAAAGAAAGAUAAUUUUAUUUAUUGUGUUGCUCGGAAUAGCUCAGUUCGUCGCAGUGACACGAGGUGAAGAAGAUGAUAUAGCAGAGGAAGAGGUAGAUGAUGCUGAAGAGGAGGAGGAGGAGGAGGAGGAAGAGGAUGAUGAGGACACUGAGGUUAAAGAUGAAAAUGGGGUGUUAAUACUGACAGAUAAUAACUUUGACACUUUUAUUGAAGAUAAGGAUACUGUGCUCCUCGAGUUCUAUGCACCCUGGUGUGGUCACUGUAAGCAGUUUGCCCCUGUAUACGAGAAAAUUGCUCAGACACUUAAAGAUAAUGACCCUCCGAUUCCUGUGGCCAAAAUAGAUGCCACAAAAUCGAGUGAACUUGGGAGCAGAUUUGAUGUGUCUGGCUAUCCCACCAUCAAAAUCUUAAAGAAGGGGGAACCAGUGGACUAUGAUGGUAGCCGGACAGAGGAAGCAAUUGUGUCCAGAGUGAAAGAGGUGGCCCAGCCAGACUGGAAACCCCCACCAGAGGCCACCCUGGUCUUGACAAAGGAUAAUUUUGACGAUGUGGUCAAUAAUGCUGAAAUUAUACUGGUGGAGUUCUAUGCACCUUGGUGUGGCCAUUGCAAGCGUCUUGCUCCAGAGUAUGAGAAGGCAGCCAAGGUGCUCAGCAUGCGCAGUCCUCCCAUUCCAUUGGCAAAAGUCGAUGCAACCGUGGAAAAUGACAUAGCUUCAAGAUUUGAAGUGUCUGGAUACCCAACUCUCAAAAUCUUCCGGAAGGGCAAAUCGUUUGAAUACAAUGGACCAAGAGAGAAAGAUGGAAUCAUUGAUUACAUGGGUGAACAGGCAGGGCCACCAUCAAAGCAUGUCCAGAAUCAGAAACAAAUUCAGGGAUUCAUAAAAGAUGGAGAUGACAUUGUCAUCGUUGGUGUUUUCUCCUCUGAACAAGACACUGCUUUUCAGAUCUAUCAAGAAACUUGUAACAGCUUGAGAGAUGACUACAAGUUCCUCCACACUUUCAACAGUGCCGUUUCCAAAUUACUUAACGUUUCUCCUGGCCAAGUGGUUAUGAUCCAGCCUGAGAAAUUCCAGUCAAAAUAUGAACCAAAGUCACAUUUAUUAACAAUUCAUGAUUCCACCACUGUAUCUGAAGUGAAAGACUUUUUUAAGAGCCACACUCUUCCAUUGGUUGGACACAGAAAACAGAGUAACGAUGCCAAACGUUACACCAGGAGGCCGCUGAUUGUUGUAUAUUAUGGAGUUGACUUCAGCUUUGACUACAGAGUUGCUACUCAGUUUUGGAGGAACAAGGUUUUGGAGGUGGCCAAGGAUUUCCCAGAAUACACUUUUGCAAUUGCGGAUGAGGAAGACUAUGCUGAUGAGCUGAAAGGCCUGGGUCUGAGUGAGAGUGGGGAGGAGGUAAAUGUUGGAAUUCUGGGAGAAGGAGGCAAGAGGUUUGCCAUGGAACCUGAGGAGUUUGACUCUGAUGUGCUACGGGAGUUUGUUGUGGCCUUCAAAAAAGGAAAAUUAAAACCAAUCAUCAAAUCCCAGCCCAUCCCCAGAAGCAAUAAUGGACCAGUGAAAGUGGUGGUUGGUAAAAACUUUGAAGAGGUUGUCAUGGAUACUAAGAAGGAUGUCCUUAUAGAGUUCUAUGCGCCAUGGUGUGGACAUUGUAAGAAGUUGGAGCCUGAAUAUCUUGCUCUUGCUAAAAAGUACAAGCAUGAAAAAAAUCUUGUCAUUGCCAAGAUGGAUGCCACUGGAAAUGAUAUUCCUCAUGAGAGUUACAAAGUAGAGGGUUUCCCUACCAUAUACUUUGCACCCAGCAACAGCAAGCAGAAUCCUGUCAAAUUUGAAGGUGGAGAACGAAAUGUGGAGGUCUUAAGCACAUUCUUGGAAAGACAUGCAACAAAAUCGUCACAAAACAGGGAUGAACUUUAAUCUCUGGAAAUGACUAGGAACUGUGGAGGGGGGAAAACAUGGGAGUGCAGUAUGAAAGGAGUUUCUUCUAUGCGCUGGUGCCAUUUUUACUGAUGGAUUUCUGUUGGGUUCUGUUCCUCAGUAUUUUUUAAAUGAAGAAACUCCACUUUUCCAAAGCAUGCACUGUAUACCAGCUCUGAAGUAUUUUCUUAAACCUUUUUAAAUAAAAAUUGAAAACGCUUUUGUUUUA